AUGAACACCAUCGUCUUCAACAAGCUCAGCAGCCAAGUCCAGCUCUUCGACGGCAGCGCCAAGGAGCGGGAGAGGAGCGGCGGGCGGCCUUACGCCGGGGUCCUGGACGUCUCCCCGCACCACCCGGAGGUGCUGAUGCCCGACAGCCCGUCCAUGAAGGACAACCUCAGCCUUCGGCACCGGAGGACAGGUGCCCGGCAAAACAGUGGCAAGGUGAGGCACAAGCGACAGGCGCUGCAGGAUAUGGCACGGCCCCUAAAACAGUGGUUAUACAAGCACCGAGACAAUCCAUACCCUACCAAGACAGAGAAGAUUUUGCUGGCUCUCGGCUCCCAAAUGACUCUGGUGCAGGUGUCGAACUGGUUUGCCAAUGCACGGCGUCGCCUUAAAAAUACAGUCCGGCAACCAGACCUCAGCUGGGCUUUACGAAUAAAACUUUACAACAAGUAUGUCCAAGGAAAUGCUGAAAGACUUAGUGUAAGCAGUGAUGAUUCAUGUUCAGAAGACGGUGAAAAUCCUUCAAGGAGCCAUAUGAAUGAAGGGGGUUACAACACACCAGUUCAUCAUACUGUGAUUAAAACAGAGAGCUCUGUAAUAAAAUCUGGAGUAAGGCCAGAAGGGAGUGCCAGUGAGGAUUAUGUAUCACCCCCCAAAUACAAAAGCAGCUUGUUGAAUCGCUACCUAAAUGACUCAUUGAGACAUGUCAUGGCCACGAAUGCCGCCAUGAUGGAAAAAACAAGGCAAAGAAAUCAUUCUGGAUCAUUUAGUUCCAAUGAAUUUGAAGAAGAACUGGUGUCUCCAUCAUCCUCUGAGACUGAAGGCAAUUUUGUCUACCGAACAGACAAUCUGGAGAACGGACCUAACAAGUGUGAAAGUGCAGUUAACAGACAGAGAUCAAACAAAGAUGAGACGUAUUGGAAGGAGAUCAAUGCAGCGAUGGCCUUAACAAAUCUCGCCCAAGGAAAGGACAAACUGCAAGGAACAACCAGCUGCAUCAUUCAGAAAUCAUCGCAUAUAUCAGAAGUAAAGACUGUCAAAGUGCCACUAGUACCGCCAUUUUAAAGAGAGUUAUUAGCUUUCUUUUCUUCCCAAGUGGACAUUUAGUUUGCCAAUGGUUUUCCCAUAAAAUCAGGAUGAGUGAUCUGAAGCAAGUACUGAAAACAGGCAUCUUUGUGUCAUGGUCAGUAAAAAAUAAUAAUGGGCACAGUUCACUGCAAAGUUAUCCAACGCACAAGCACCAUUAAAAAUGGGAGGGAGCUUCACAAGAUCUUAGCAGGAAUUUUGGAUGGUUCCCAUUUGUUUCCAUGGUGGUUGAGUCAGAAAAUAUCCCGGUGAAUUGUGCUCAAAUAUAGCAAUAAGAAACAAACAUUCCCUCAGGCUAAAAUAUUAUUUUUUGUUGUAAAUGAAAUGUAAAAUCAACUCUAUAAAGUGCAUGUAAAUUAUGGAAGAAGGAACCCUCCAUUUUUUUAAAAAAAAAUCAAACUAUUAACUUAUUUUAUUGUAUUAAUCAAACUGCACAUUAAGCAUCUGCAUUGUUAUAACAAUAAGUGCCUUGCUUUCUUACAAUAAGCUAGAACGUGGGCACAACUCAAAACAAGUGUGCCUCAAAGUGUCAAUGCUUAACUUUUGCAUGUACGUAUUUCUGAAUGCAUCCUGACCCAUUUAAAGCUGACCUCAGAAAGGGUGGGUAUCUAUCUGUCUAUCAGUAUAUUUAAAGACCUUGAGCAUUUGCCUGGUACAAAUUUGAGACUGGUAAAUCUCUGCAAUAAAAUUGCAAACUCCAC